AUGAAUUACUCAGAAUCAUCUCCUCUCCCUCAAAACGAAGAAUCAACAAACUCUUCUUCUUCUCUUUUAAAAGAAGAAAAAAAAGAAGAAAUUCAAGAACACGAAGCAGUUACUAUUAAUCCAACAAAAGAAUUAAAUUCUUCUCCACUUCCAGAAUCAGAUAAACCAAUAGAAUUACAAACAAAAGAAGAAACUGAAAAAGAAAAUACACAUGCCACUUCUCUUGAUAUUGAACCUUUUGUUAAUGUUGAAGUUCUUGCAGAUGAAACAAUUGAAUUUCCAAUGGAAGAAACUAUUCCAAUUAUAUUUAAAACAUUACUUUUUGCUAUUCCUCAAUUUAUUUGUGUUAUUGUUGUAGGAGCAACAAUUGUUGGGAUUUAUGAUGGUGUUGAUUCUUCAGAAGUUGAUUUCUUUGAUAAAAUCUCUAAAACACAAAAAAGAAUAUCUCUUAUUUAUGCUUUUGUAAUUUCAAUAAUAUUUAGUGGAUUUAUUCCAUUACUUAUAAAAAUUUUAUUCCUUCAAAUUCCAUUAAAAAAGUUAGUUAUUCAAAUACUUGGUACAAUUAUAUACUUCGGAUAUGCUGGUCUUGUAGAAUUUAUUUGGAUCGAAUUAAAUAAUAAAAUGAUGGGUAAUAUAAAUGAUAAAGUUAUUCGUACAACAAUGCUUUUAGCAACUGACUUAACUUGUUAUAGUUUAGCUUAUUUAAUUCCAGCUAAUUUAAUGUUCUAUAUAUUUAGAAGCCUUAACUUCAAUAUAAUUAAAAUGACUAGAUUUAUGGGAUGGAAAAGAUUUGUCUUUAGAGAAUAUCCAGUUGCAUUAGCUGUUUAUUUAUUUAUUUGGAUACCAGGAAUGAUUUUUGUUUAUGCUCUCCCUGGUAAAAUCCAAUUUACUUUUGUUAUUUUAUUGCAAUUCAUUAAUAACACUAUUCAAAGUGUGAUUGAUUCUAUUAGAUCUUGUUGUCAAAAAUCUAAAAUAAAACAACAAGAUACUAAAAUUGAUUAA